CUGUUUCUUCCUUUCUUUUCCCGCUGCGUUUCUCUUUUUCUGAUUGAUUUUCAUUUCAUUUGCUGUGACGAGUGACACUGGUUUAUUUUCACAAUGGGGAAAGUAUUCGACGCGGCCGAAGUCGCGAAGCACAACACUCCGGACAGCUGCUGGGUGGUGCUGUACGGGAAAGUCUACGAUGUAACCGAUUUCCUUUCCGAGCAUCCUGGUGGCUCCAAAAUCAUCCUGAAGCUCGCUGGAAAGGAUACCACAGAAGAAUACGAUCCCAUUCAUCCUCCAGGGACACUGGAAGAGAACCUCAAGCCAGAGGCCUGUCUCGGGACCAUCGACCUUGAGACGCUACCCAAACCCAGUGCAGAGAAGACCGAACCGCAGGAGCAAAAGGAAUCACUCCCGCCUGUACAGGCUAUGCUCAACAUGGAUGAGAUCGAGGAACUGGCAACGAAGAAGGUCAGCAGGAAGGCGUGGGCCUACUACUACUCCGCAUCCGAUGAUAAGGUGUCGAAGUCGUUCAAUACCCAGGUCUAUCGGCAGAUCUUGCUUCGACCGCGGGUGUUCAUUGAUUGCACAAAUUGUGAUCUGUCAACCUCACUCUUGGGUCACAAAGUCGGACUACCGAUCUAUGUGUCCCCUGCAGCGAUGGCACGCCUGGCCCACCCCGCGGGUGAAGCUGGUAUUGCAGAGGCAUGUCGCAGCUUCGGUGCCGCGCAGGUCAUCUCGAACAACGCGUCCAUGGCCCCAGAGCAAAUCGUCCAGGAUGCUGCUCCAGAUCAGGUGUUUGGGUGGCAACUCUACGUCCAGAUUGACCGGAAGAAGAGUGAGGCUAUGCUGGCACGGAUCAACAAGCUCGAUGCUAUUAAGUUCAUCGUGUUAACUCUGGAUGCGCCAGUGCCGGGUAAGAGAGAAGAUGACGAAAGGAGUAGCACUAUUGGAGAAUCGUUGCCAGUUCCUAGCGCUGUUAAGGAGGGUGCCCGUUCUGCUGACGGGACUCCGGACGUUUCCCAGGCCGUCGGUGGUGUUGGAAAGACGCUCUUCGCCGGUACUGAUCCGUCGUUGACUUGGAAUGAAACCCUUCCAUGGCUGGCUAAACAGACUAAGAAGCCCAUCAUCCUGAAGGGUCUCCAGACACAUGAGGAUGCAUACAUCGCUUCUCACUACGCCCCUCAGGUUAAGGGUAUUAUCCUGUCCAACCACGGCGGUCGAGCUCUGGAUACCGCCCCGCCAGCAGUCCACACUCUGUUGGAAAUCAGGAAAUACUGCCCACGGGUCUUCGACAAGAUCGAAGUGUGGGUUGAUGGCGGUAUCAGACGUGGUACCGAUGUUGUGAAAGCACUGUGUCUGGGCGCCCGAGGGGUAGGAAUCGGCCGUCCCCCUCUCUGGGGUCUUGGAGCUGGAGGUGUCGAGGGUGUGAAGAGGACUCUGCAAAUCUUGUCGGAUGAAACGGCGAGCUGUAUGCGCCUCCUCGGGGUCCAGAGAGUCGAAGACUUGGGGCCCCAGUAUAUCAACACCCGUAUUGUCGAGCAACAAAUAUUCGACGGUCCCUCUGGUCUCGAUACAACACCAUCGGUGCUGAAAUCAAAGCUAUAAUUGUAUCCAUGAUUUGGUAAAAGUGUGGAUAUUUCAAACCCGGAAAGAGCUUUCACAUUCAUCCAUAUUCCCUGAGCGAAUAUUACACAACUGCUGACGGAUAUUGUUCCCGUUUUCUUCUCUCCACCUUGCGUAACCAAGCUGUACUGUAUACUCUGUUCAUUAGACAGGCUUCACCUCAUAUGUAGUGUCUUGAGGACUCUUGCGGAUGCCACUAUAGACCGAAUUUAUACUGUCUCUGAUAUUGCUCUUUCAACAAACAAUAUCUACAAAUUUGAGUCUAUUUUCGGCAUAGCUACGCCUUGCCACCCAUCUUUUCAUAGCUCAUCUGGUCCAAAGAGAGCCGAUUUCUGUCUCCUUGUCAGUAUAUGCGGAUCAAAGAACAGUUUCCACAAGACAAGUGACUCUAGAUCCAUGCCUGGGCUCAUACCCCUCCUAAUCUCAACUAGC